UGGGCGCUUCGAGAGCGAUUGACGACCACUCAAGCCUCGCAGCAUCCAUGCCAACCCCGCUCCACAUCUCUUCUGCCCAUGCAUUGUCUGCACUCCUCCAGUCAGUGCACUGCGAUCCCAAUCCUCCAAUUCGCCUGCCAUCGAGUCAUGCGAACCGGAGCCGGCCCAUUUUGGGGCUCCGCAGCGUGGCCCUGCGCCCAAGGGUCAACAUGCUUUCAACCGCUGUGAUUCGACUGUACGCCCACGAGGUGGCUGAUCUGUCUCGGUGUCGCAUUCUCGCCCAGACCGCGAUCGAAAUGGACAGAACUCGUGAGCAGAGUCUGCUCAGCUUCUGGGAUGAUGACGAGGCUCAGAUGCAACGUGGAACGGAGAGGAAAUUUGAACGAGUACUGCAGUUGUACGACUUCUUAAAACAACUCCCCCUUGCGUUGACAGCGCAUGCGAGCAAGAAACGGGAAACGGAUCGAGUCGACGUCCCGCUGCAACCGAGAACGCCAUCCGCUUAGAAGAUUUGCCUACGGUAGUACUGCCCUGGCGUCCGUUCUUGUCCCAUUGGUAGAUUCCAUGUUUUC